CAGCGUUCUUAGGCGUCAUAUGCUCGUUCAGAACGAACAACACGUUUGGUGUCCAUCUAGACAGCAUUUUGGAGCAUCAUUCAAACAUUUAAAUGAUGCCUGUUGAGGCGGUCUGGGUCGUUAGCUAGUUUUGAGACACAACCUAAUAAACAAACAAACGCUACGUAAGGACUUUGGAGAGACCGCCGGAACAACAAAAAAAAUACGCCACACAUCACAAUGUUUUAUGCCCAAAUCUUCACCUCUAAACGAAGCACAUUAGCCAAGAUAUGGCUUGCAGCCCACUGGGAGAAGAAAAUAACCAAAGCACACGUGUUUGAAUGUGACCUAGAAACCACCAUCCAGGAGAUCUUAUCCCCCCAGAUUAAAAUCGGUCUGCGAACUUCAGGUCACCUUCUUUUAGGAGUUGUCCGGAUAUACUCUAGGAAAACCAAAUACCUUCUUGCAGACUGCAAUGAUGCACUGAUCAAAAUUAAAGUGGCUUUCCGGCCAGGACAGACAGAUCUGCCUGAGGAUGCGAUGGAGGCCACGUUAAAAACUAUCACUCUGCCAGAGGACUUCACUGACUUUGAUUCCCAACUGCCUGAUCUCAACACCAUUGGUGUGGCCGAUCACUUUUCUUUGAAUCAGUGCCGCACUGAAGAUAUUACUCUCAAAGAGAGCUUUGAGAACCACUUUCUCACCUUGGAGAGAAUAGGUGAGGAAAUCCAGUCUUAUCAAGGAUUGUUUGAUCAGAGUUUCAGUGUUCAUGGCGACUGUUUUGGUGAUGAGGAAAUGGCUGUCGACCUCAUUGAUAUUAUAGCAAAUACUAAUGAUGAUGCUGUGGUGCCUGAUUUCUAUGAGGACACUCCUAAUGAAUUACCAGCUACACCUCCUCCAACUGCUGUCACUGCAGCAGAGCCGGAGUCUGUGAAACCAGAACUUUCCUGUUUAAAGGAUCGGAGCAGUCCGGCCUUGACUGAGACCACUUUCUUGGUAAAUGCAGAGGAGGGUUUUGCUCUUGCACCGGUUGCUGCCACACCAUCUUCAACAAGGAAAAGAGGCACAAGGAAGCGGAAGCUGGUGAUUGACCGGUCAAAGGAACUAACAAACAGUGACAUCAGGAAUCAACUGGCUGACUGCUCUGACCUUGUAACCCCGUUGGAGAUAGCCCCGCCCACUCGGCAGCUCAUGGAGUGGAGGGAAAAUGGAGGAGUGAGGGAGCUCUUCUCCAGUUUUUGCCUUCCACUCUUACACCCUGACUUAAAGCAGCUGUUUCCUUCUGGCACAUCAUCUAGGAGACUAGGCUUGGAGGGAGGAGCGAGAGAGCAGACUGACCCCGAGGAGAUGAGAGAGCAACCUAGAGAGGAGGUCUGGGAGAGCACUGCUCAGCUGGUUCUGGAUGACUGGAGUGUGUUGCAAGAGUCUGUUGGUCCAGAUCAGCCAGCAGGUGCAGACACUACUGUAGAAGCUUCUGUCACUCAUUCAGAACCUCCACCUCCCUGGAACACCACCAGUGAGGAGAGUGGAUUGGAGGUGUCAUAUCCAGAGCCUCUCUCUGAGAUCUCCAUGCUUCCCAAUCCAUCUGGAGAGAUGAGGGAAACCCCAUUGACACAAACACAGUCUGUUGUGAACACCCAGGAUGCAGAGGAUAAGAGAAUGACCAGUCGGGCACACAACCUCCUCCAGGCCCUCAAAAGACAAGACUCUUCUCCCAAUGCUGAGUACAGUCUUCACGCUUUAUGUGAGAGCAGCAGUCGUUCAUUCGUGGCAGCCGUAUUUUUCUGCUUGCUGGUGCUGAGGAAACAACAAAUCCUCAACCUGCACCAGAGCGCCCCAUACAGUGACAUCAUCGCCACACCUGGGCCUCUCUUUUCCUCCUUCUAGAACAGGAUGCCAUGAGGGAGAGAAAACCUUGAGAGAUGUUACAGCUCAUUAAAAGGCUUUGCUUUAUCAAACACGUUCUUUGUUGAAAGCAAAUUCAAUGGAUUUCUGAAAUUUAGACAAUGUUACAUAUUCCAAUGGAGACCUGCUAAAAACAGUGAAAUGUGUCUGUAUAGUACUGUUUCUAGAAAAACAAAUAUACUCAGCUUUAUAUGAGCUGGGCUAUGGUAGAAAAGUACCGUAGAGCAGCACAAAACACAGGGAACAUGUAUCAAAUGAUUAUUAAUUUGAUUGUUUCAGUUUUACCAAUUUCAUGAACUAAAUUAACUAAAUCUUUGUUCAUUGCUUGAAAACUGACUCAAGCCUGAAUAGGUCUUAGUCUUUUUGUCCUACCGUUUAAUGUAUUGAGUUAUGUUCCAAAAACAGUUCUUCUCUGUGUUGAUUAUUAUGAUCUGUAUGUUCUUUUUUACCAAAUCUUUGAAACCAUUAAAUGUGCAAACCAAAUAAAUAAAUAUUCCAAAACUACAGGAAAGGU